UUGUUUAUACAUGAUAAAUAAAUUUUUUACGAGUGCUUCGAGCUCUAAAGGGUAGUAUAAAUAUAGCUUCUUUCUCUGGUAAGUUAUAGAAUUAAAAAAAAUCACCAUGAAGGUUUUUGUACUUAUCUGUUGUGUAGCACUCUUUGCCUUUGCUAAAAGUGAAGAGGAUGUGUGCAGUUUACCAGCAGAAACAGGAAUGUGCAUGGCCCUUUUUCAUAAAUAUGCCUACGAUGCAGACUUAGGAAAAUGCAAACAAUUUGUUUAUGGUGGAUGUGGAGGAAAUGGAAAUAAAUUCAACACUGAAGAAGAAUGUGAGAAAGCAUGUGGAAAGGGAAGAAAAUAGACAUCUAAUUCAAGCAUCCAAAAUAAAAUCCAAAAAUAGAAAUCCGCUUGAUCCUAUGAAACUUAGUUUUCCAGAUUAUUUAGUUUUCAACAUUGAUCAUUAUUAGCCUUUCUAAAAUUUGAGUUUUCUUCAACAUUGUUCACAAGUUUAUAUUAUUGCACCUGAAAAUGAAUAAUUCUUCUAGAACCUAGCUUUCAUGCACUCAUGUACACAUGUGCAGCAAAGCAUGUAUAAUUAAAUUAAAGUACAACAUCAAAAGUAUGUUAAAAUAAAUUUAAAUCAACAUGUGUUAA